UUGACAGAAGACAGGGAGCACCAGCAGCCACCAGCUCUAGAGAGGCUUUUGGGUGCUUGUGCUCUCUAUUCUUCUGCCAUCAAUCCGACUCGGACGCGUCAUAGGUAUGAUGAGAUCCAGGGCGAUUAUGAAAGUUCAAAGUCAGACGGAAGCUCUGGCUAUGGAGCUGAGGCCAGACUAGACUAGAAGACGGCCGGCAUGCCGGCAGCGUGACGCUGAGCCAGGAAAAGCGAGGGAAUACGUGGAUCUAGGACCGCAUCCACGAAUCCAGCCCCGGGAGAGCUGAUCACCUGCAAGCUUUUGCUCUCCGUGUUCCAUGCAACGGAGAAGGCGGCGGCAAUGCCAUGGCCGCUUCCAAACCAUCGCCGGUUUAUCAUCUCGAUGCCACCGUCUGGUAUACGAAGGUUGUCGUACAGCAGUCCAGUGGCGAACCUCAUGUGCGGCUGCGCGGUGUUGGCUCCGAAUCCGGUGCAGUUGUGGAAGACGUUGGGGCCGGCGAUGCUGUCUCCAGUAAUGAAGCUGACGGUGGAGAGCUAUGUCGAACGGUUUCGGCCCCUUUGUUGCGUUCGCGGUGCGGUGCAGGACCAAGUUCUGGGCCGUGACUCUCGUCCCAGCGAUGGCGAUCGAGGUAUGGAGCAACUCUCUAGGGUAUUUCAGGAUUGUGCCGCUGAAGUCGUGGAGCUCCAGGGCGACUCGGCCGAUGCGGGGGGCUGUGGAUAUCUUCUCGACGCUUGCGCCGUGAGCGUCGUCCAGGUAGUUCGUGUCCAGUCGAAACGGGAGAGGGAUAUCCAGCUGGAUGGAAGAGUCGAGUGUGGAGACCGUCUUUAUGAUCCGCUCGGCUUUGUAGCCGUAUCCCGGCCGCCAGUAGUCGCUCAUGUUCAUCAUCUGGAUCCACUGGGGGCUCCAAGUCCAGGAUUUCCAUGGAUCCGGAACAAAACUUGGGCCUCCAGAGAGUGUGCGUCGAUCAGCGUUUGGUCUACGCCGCUGCCAUCUAUAAUGACGCCGCUGGUGUUGAUCACUAUGGACUGCUUACCGAGACACGGUGUUUAUUGCCGCUUGCAGCGCCUCUGUGUCGUCGCUGCUGCCGCCACCACCAGGAAACAACGUUACCUUCACUGGAGGAGCCGGGGGAAUGGGAUCCAUCCCACCUCGGUAGCCAACCGCGGAGAAAUCCAUUAUCCUGUCACCUUGCCAGGUUGAUCGGUAAGAAAGCCGUGGUUUCUGCUCGAGAUCACUAUCUGGAUCCAGCCAUACCCAUGGCUGCUGCUGAUCAGCUCUUGCAAGAGUCAGGAACGACGAGAGCAGCAGCAAGAACUUGAGGGUCUCCAUCACUGCGUGGGAGCGGUGCUUUGCUGCAAGGUACUAUAUAUCAACUGGCCCAAGCUUUUGGAGGCUUUUGGUGGGAGAGCGAUCUUCAUUAUGUGCAGUCAUCGGUGGACUCGGAAACAUUUUCCUGCUAGCUGUAAAGAAUUGGUACCUUUGGCUCAUUCCAUCCAUAACUGACGAUACUGUCGAGCUUUUGCAACUUGUUGUAAGUCGGCGAAAUAAAUCGGUUUCUCUGGCACGCGCGGUCGCUUUCUUCGGACAGCCGGCAAGUCUUAACAAUAAAACUGCAUGAUUGAUCACAUUUUUGCUGACAAGAUC